AUGGGACCAGGGUUUGCGGACCGCAACGGGUGCCUCGAGUCGAUCCAGCGCUGCGCGAGCCUCUCUCACGCGAUCCAGAUCCACGAGCGCGCGCGCCGCGAGCUCCAGGGCGAUGUCUUCCUCGCCAACAAGCUCAUCGAGGCGUAUGGCAAGUGCGGCAGCCCCCAGCGCGCGCGAUGGCUCUUCGACGCCAUGCCCGCCAAGAACACCUUCUCCUGGGGCGCCAUGCUCUGCGCCUACGCCUCCAACGGGCGCCUGGACGAUGCCCGGCAGGUGUUCGACGCCAUGCCCGAGCGCGAUGGCUUCUCGUGGAACCUCCUCCUCUCGGCGUUCGGCCAGCGGGGGCAAUUAAGAGAGGCCAAGCUCGUGUUUGAUCGGCUGCCGGGGAAGGAUCUCGUCUCGUGGUUCUCGAUGCUGGCGGCGUUUGUGCACGGCGGGCGAGUCAGAGACGCGCGAGCCAUCUUCGACCAGAUGCCGCAGCAAAACCAGGCCUCCUGGAACUGCAUCCUCUCUGCAUAUGCCCAAGUUGGGCAUCUGGAUGAAGCUUGCGAGAUCUUUGAAACGAUGCCAGAGCGGGAUUUAAUCUCUUGGAAUGCAAUGCUUUCGGCAUUUGCACAAAACGGGGAUGUGUUUGGAGCGAGGAGAGUGUUUGAAUCGAUGCCAUUGCAAAACCAGAUUUCUUGGAACGCAAUGCUUGCGGCAUAUGCCCAAAACGGGCAUCUUCACGACGCCAAGAAGACUUUCAACUUGAUACCGGAAAGGAACGAUGUAACUUGGAAUACCAUGCUAGCUGCGUAUUCGCAAAACGGCCAACGCGACGACGCCAAGCGUAUGUUCGACACGAUGCCUCUUCACGACCAAGUGACGUGGAACUCCAUGCUGGCAGCGUAUGCCACGUCAGGGCAUCUGGAGAAAGCCGAGUGUGUCUUCCACGGGAUGCCCGAGAGAGACAUGCUGACGUGGAACUCCAUGCUGUCGGCCUUCGCGCACGCCGGACACGUCACCGAGGCAAAGCGCGUGUUUGAUGACAUGCCACAGCGGAAUAUAGUGUCGUGUAACGCCAUGCUGGUUGGAUUCGUCCACGCUGGCCGCCUAGUAGACGCCAGGAUGGUGCUGAAUGGCAUGAGAGAGCACGACAUGGUGUCGUGCACGCUGAUGCUUUCGGGAUAUGCCCAGUACGGGCAUACGGCCUCCGCUCGGGAGAUCUUCGACACGAUUCCGUGUCAGAAUCACGUCUCGUGGACGGCCAUGAUUGCCGCGUUUUCCCUGCGGGGAAACCUGGAAGAGGCGAAAUGUAUGUUUGAUCAGAUUCAACGGCUGGAUCUCGUGCUUUGGACCGCCAUGCUGGGAGCGUAUGCCCAAAACGGGCAUGUGGAAGAGGCCAAGGUGAUGUUUGAUUCCUUGCCCGAGCAAGAUCAAGUGUCAUGGAACGCGCUACUGUCUGCGUACGCGCAAAAUGGAAACAUCUCCAAAGCCAGGCAUGUCUUUGACACAAUGCCCAAGAGGAACACCAUGACUUGGGCGGCUAUGCUCUCCACUUAUGCCCGGAACGGGCAUUCCAAGGAGGCGUUUGAUGUGUUUGAUGUGAUGAGGGUGGUGGAGGUUCCGGAUUCGACUUGUUUCGUGGCCUUCUUGCUCGCUUGCGCACACGACGGGAAUGUUUCAAGCGCCAAGGAUUGCUUCGUGUCCAUGAGACAGGACUAUAAGGUUGCUGCUACAAAGCAGCACUACUGUUGCUUGAUCGAUGUUCUUUGCAGGUCUGGGAGACUCUUAGAUGGUGAGGACCUCAUUACAAACAUGCCUUUUGUGCCUGAUGAGUAUGAAUGGAUCUGUUUUCUAAGGAGUUGCUUGAGGCCCGGGAAGAACGAGCUCAAGCAAGCCAUUGAUGCAACUAGGUUUGUUGUUGGCCAGAAUCCAAAGCAUGGAGCUGCAUUUGUGCAGCUAGCUAAUAUUUACUCCAAGCUAUAG